CUCAGCGCCGCCCAGCCGCACCGGGAAGCUUGAGCGAGCAGGACGAGCAAGGAGAGACCGCAGCGCCAACAUGAAAGUCGUGCUGAUGACCGUGGCCGCGCUGGCCUGCAUCACCGUCAUGCCCGUGGUCGUGUACAAGCUCACGGCCGUCUCCGGCGACACUGCUCGCACCACCGUCUCCGGGGACACUUCGGUUUCGCCAGCCGUCACCGAGAGCGUCAACAACGAGGGGCUUAACCAGCAGCGAGGCUUGCUACAGCGAUUGGUGGACAGUCUGCACCGCGACGACGAUGUCCGAGCACUGCACUUCCCAUCAAAUACCAACUCUAGAAGCCCCUCACCGAAUUCAGCAAGCGUCUCUACACGAGCAGCUGGUCUCCACGACCAGUCGAGUCCGUCAAGGAUCGCGAGCGUCGCUCCAGCUCGUCAUCCGUAGUGCAAAAUUGGAAUGAAUGUGGACUAUGAUCUCAAUCGACUGAGGGUUGAAGGCAACCCGAAAGGGAGAAUGAAUCUCUCGAGUAUUAUUAUUAUUAGAAUAUCAGUAAGUUGAUGGGCCGUUAAAUUGUCAACCGUGGUCCUUUUGCAGGGGUCCGGAACAUGCCGGAACAGAGAGCAAGUUCCGGGUGUUCCGUGCUUUUUCCGGCAAAUCCUGGGUUAGCAUGUUCUUCAUUAGGGUCGGAACCAUGGGCAUUUCUUUCUUGGAUUCGACAAAAUAUACCUCAGCAACCUGCCACAACCCGGGACAGGUUUCACGUUCCGGACCCCUGCCCUUUUGCCCCUCCUAAAAAAAUAAAAUUCGCAAAUUAUUUCUCUUUGUGGUGUGUCUACACUAGUCGUGACCGACUAAAGAACAAGAAGAAGCGCGAAACUGGAAAUGGAAUGGAUCCGGUUGGAGUAAGAGUGAAUAUUGUAGUGAAGUUAGAUCCCAUGAUUUGAACGCCCGCGCGUCAGCCGCGCGGCGCGAGACCCCGUAGCAGACGACGUCACCGCCGC